AUGAAAAGAAUAUUGGCACUCCAUGGCGUUGGUUCGUCAGCGGAAAUAUUGCGAGACCAGCUCACUCCUGUAGUGAGAGCCCUGAGCCAGAACUACGAGUUUGUCUAUCUUGAUGGCGCAGUUAGACGAGAAAGAGGGCCAGGAAUGGCGCCGUACUAUAACGGGCCGUUCUAUUCUUACACGACGGGGUAUACACCAGCGGAAAUCCGUGAUACUCUGGAUGAUCUGAGUGAUUUCAUCCAAGAUGAUGGCCCGUUCGACGGGGUUAUAGGCUUCAGCCAGGGUGCUUCUGUUGCAGCUUCCUAUAUUCUCGACCACCAGGCGCAGCAUCCAGAUAAGGCGCCUCCAUUUGGAUUUGCCAUCUUCCUCUCAUCCGUGGCAGCAUUUUCACCGGAUGAUUUGCACUGUCUUCCAAUCGUCCAGCGUUUGGUUCAGCAGAACUAUGAAGCGGUGCACCAUUUCCCUGAUAAAAUAUCCAAGAAACUGGCCGUAUCCGACAGUGUAUUCGCUGAGUACCUCGCCACCACCUUCAAGAUGGCUCGAAAGAUUGGAGCUACUAUGCCCGACUAUGACAUUGCCUUCUUUAAACACCGAGAUCCGCAAAAAGUGCCUCGCGUGUUGCAUCCCGCUUUGACAACGCAUCGCAUCCAGCUCCCGACGGUACAUUUCACCGGGAAGAAAGAUGAUUUGCCCAUGAUGGAACAGUCUCGCUUGGUCAUGGGCUUAUGCGAUCCAGCCAUGGCGCGUGUGCAUCAACACAGCGGUGGGCAUGCUGCACCUUCGAAGAAACCAGAUGUGGACCGGCUGGUGGAAGCUAUUGAAUAG